AUUUCUGUUCCUGACAGCUGUCUGGGGGUGGUCACUCUUGCUGACAGUGUUGGGAGUUAGUUGGGCAGAAGAAAUCCGGCACGGCAGCAUAAUAUGGAAUCUUAGAUCACGGGGACAGAACUUGUUCAGACUGAUUAUGUGAAUACCUCUGUAUCAUGGAAGAAGGAGAACUACCUUGGCUUUUGGUAAAUGAAGUUGGUGGCAUACGUGGGAUAUUGCAUAGCCAUGUGCCAUUCCUGAAGAAACAUUUCCACCUCAUCACCAUGAAGGAAUUUCUUGAAAACAGAAAAGAUGUAGGCAAAAAGGUCCAAGCAAUCUAUUUGUGGUGGCACAAACCGGUCAUUGACAAAGAGCUCCUCCAGAGCCUGCCAAACUUAAAAGUGAUUGCAAAUUCAGGGGUGGGGAUGGAUCACUUGGAUCUGAAGCUUAUAGCUAGCUUUUGUGUGAAGAUGGCUAAUGCUCCACGUGCUGUUUCCAGCACCACAGCAGAUACUGGGAUGGCUUUGCUGCUAGCCUCUGCUAGAAGACUUGUGGAAGUCCAUAACAUUUCAGUUUCUCCAAGUAUGGACUACUGUGAAGCUGAUAUUCUGGGAGUUAAAGUUGCUGGAGCUACUCUGGGGAUCAUUGGCAUGGGCCGCAUUGGGUAUAAGAUUGCUGUGAGAGCCAAAGCAUUUGAAAUGAACAUUUUGUACCACAACAGGACACGGAGGAAAGUGCAAGAGGAGCAAGCUGUUGGUGCCACUUACUGCAAAAAGAUAGACAGUUUGCUCCAGCAGGCAGAUUUUGUGAUGCUAGUGGUGAGCCUGACACCUCAGACACACAAGCUGAUCGGGAAAAGAGAACUGGAGCUGAUGAAACCCACAGCUACCCUCAUUAACAUCAGCCGAGGUGCAGUAGUUGACCAAGAGGCGCUAGUGGCAGCUCUGCAGACCGGUGUUAUCAGGGCCGCGGCUUUGGAUGUCACCUCCCCAGAGCCACUGCCCAGAGAUCAUGCAUUGUUAAAAUUAAAGAACGUCAUUAUAACACCUCACCUCGGCAUUAAAACAGACAAGGCCACCUACAUGAUAACAGAGGAAGCAGUUGAAAACAUACUAGCAGCCCUGAAUGGUCUCCCCCUACCCAGUGAAGUGCUCCCUAGCUAAUGUGUGAAAGGAUAUUGCGGAUCUUUUCAUUCUUCUCUUUGUCUUUUUAUUCUUAUCUUUCCCCUGCACAUCAGCUCUAAAGAUCUUGUUAAAUAUAAGAAUGUCCAUACAUCUCACUAAAGCUUCGAAGGAAGCAGUUUGCUAUCGUGUCAGUUGUGUUUUUAUAGUUUCUCUUGUCUAACACAGGUCCAAAAGGCAAAUAAACACCCUGAGUGGCAGUG